CGUAAACCGAAGUUUCCUGACGACUUCCUUGCUUUACGACAGCGACAACUAUGGCGGCGUUCGGUGUGAGAUUUGAAAGUGCUAGCAGUAUCGAAGAGCGAAAAGAACAGACCCGUAUUGCCAGGGCCGAGGUGUUACGCCAGGCUAAACAUAAUUUCGAAAAAGAACAAAGGAGUAAAGAACUGAAGCAACUUCGAGGUGAGGACACAUGGAUGCUGCCUGAUGUGAAUGAUCGAAUUGAACAGUUCUCACAGGAACAUUCUGAGAAGAAAAAGAAGAAAAAGGACAAGCAUUCAAAAAAAGUAAAGAAAGAGAAGAAAAAGAAGAGGAAGAAACAGAAAUGUCAGAAACAGAGUGAGUCGACUGACAGCUCCUCAAGCUCUGAAGACGAGUGGGUUGAGGCUGCUCCCUCCCAGAUACCUGGCAAAGAAAAGACCUGGAAAGUGAAAGACAAAAGGACAGAAGAAGAAUGUGACAGCUACACUUCUCAGCGUGAAGAGUGGAUGACUGUUGAUUUUAUGUCCAUUAAAACUGUGUCCUCAUCAUCACUCAAAGCUGAAAAGGAAACUCUAAGACAAAUAGAACGGGAGAAAACCCAAGCGUUAGAGCGGACCACGCUGCUGGAGAGAGAAUUGAAUCCAUACUGGAAGGAUGGGGGGACAGGUCUCCCAUCAGAAGACUGUACACCGCCAGUUACUAAAGCUACAGGAGUAGCGGAUGGCGGAUUAAGCUGGCUAAGAAAGUCUUGUCAAAGAAUGAAGGAACAAGCUCAAAAAGAAAACAGAAAAUUUGAAGAUGUUGUAGCUGAGAAAUACGGGUCAAUGGAAAUAUUUCAGUCAAAAUUAAAAGAAGCUGAAAAAAUUGCAUACAAAAGAGAAGACUAUGGAUGGGAACAGUGGAGAAAGCCUGCACAUUCAGAUAGAGCACGGUGUAGUCAAUCAAGUGGCACGUCAGACUUAGUAAAAUGUAAAAAUCCGUCAGAGGACAGACACUUGGAAAUGGAGCCUGCAAACAGCAGCAACUGUGAGUUUAGUGGUCCUGACACAGGGAAGAGAUCUGGGACUCUAGGAACCUGUAGAAGGGAAUCUGCACUAAGAAAAAACCAAGAACCUUCUGGAAAUUUGAGAUCUAAAUUCUUAAGACCCUCUGAUGAAGAUGACCUGUCAUGUCACAAGAGGAGAAAUUUUGAAUCAUCUGCUUCAUAUUCUCCAUUAGUGCCUCAGGCCUCUUUGCAUUGUGAUUUUCGAAAACCCACAGAGAGCAGUGAAGAAAGUUCAGCAUCAUGGAGUCGAUCUGGUGGGCGAGAAGAAAACAGGAAGCCUUCAGAUCAAAAGCCAUUGGAAACCUGGAGCUGCAGUGCCAGUCAGUCCUCUGCAGGAGAUAGAAGAGGACAGUUACAGGCUGAGAGUGUCAGAGGUGAUCCACCGGGAAAAGGACAUCUACAGGACAGAACAUUGACAGCUGGUCCAGAGCCAGAGUCCACCUGUAUCUUAAAUCGUGAUGAGAAGAACAAGUUGGGGGCCAAGAUUAUCAAGGCAGAGAUGAUGGGGAAUAUGGAAUUAGCUGAACAGCUUAAAGCCCAACUUAAAGAGGCAAAUAAAUGUAAAGAAACUGUCACACAGAUAGCAGCAAGACGAUCAAGGGUAGAGCAUGAAGAGGAACAAGAAGUAAUCCUUACUCGAACAGAUGAGUCUGGAAGAAUGUGGCCUGUGAGCAGCCCUGGUGAGACUGUGGAUUUGAAAGCAGAAAGAAGGAAGAGACAGAGAGUUUCAACCCAUGAGGAUAAAGAAAGGAUCCGGUACUUUCCUGAUGAUGAUCAUUUGAGUCUCAAAGAUUUAGUCAAGAAUGAGAAAAUGGGAACAGAUAUCGAUCAAAACAGACUUUUCAUGAAAAUGGCAUCUAAGUUUAUGGGGAAAUCAGAUGGAGACUAUUAUACUCUGGAUGACAUGUUUGUCUCCAAAGCAGCUGAGAAAGAACAUCUUGGUAAGAAGGAAGAGAGCCAGAGGAGAAGAGCAAUCGGCGAGCACCAGAGGCUUGCUGCACAGAUGGCAAAGUGUCUGCACUGUUUUGACAGCUCUCAGUGCCCCAAGCACCUUAUUGUUGCAAUCGGUGUGAAGGUUUAUUUAUGUUUACCCAAUUUCCGGUCUCUUACUGAAGGACACUGCCUCAUCGUCCCUCUGCAACAUCAUCAAGCAGCCACUGUAUUAGAUGAAGAUAUCUGGGAGGAGAUUCAGAUGUUUCGGAAAUCAUUGGUAAAAAUGUUUGAAGAUAAAGAAUUGGAUUGUAUCUUUUUGGAGACCAAUAUGGGUUUGAAGAAACACUAUCAUAUGGUUUAUGAGUGUAUCCCUCUCCCAAAGGAAGUGGGUGACAUGGCUCCCAUCUAUUUUAAGAAAGCCAUAAUGGAAUCUGAUGAAGAAUGGUCCAUGAAUAAGAAGUUGAUUGAUUUGUCUUCAAAAGAUAUUAGAAAGUCUGUGCCCAGAGGCUUGCCUUACUUCGCUGUCGACUUUGGCCUUCAGGGAGGAUUUGCCCACAUCAUUGAAGAUCAGCACAAAUUUCCUCAUUACUUUGGAAAGGAAGUCAUUGGUGGUAUGCUGGAUCUAGAACCCAGGCUCUGGAGGAAGGGGAUCCGAGAAAGCUUUGAGGACCAGAGGAAGAAAGUGUUGCAGUUUGCUCAGUGGUGGAAACCAUAUGAUGUCACCAAAAGUAAAAGCUCUUAAGUGUAUGUCAUGUCAUUUUCUAUGCUGAGCCCAUUCAGUUUAUGUCUGUUAUAUCUACACACAACUGUGCCCUUGGCUCUAGGGAAAGCAGCAGCAGCUGCCCACUCUAGUCACUGACACCUAUGUUAGGGCAAGUUGUUUUCUUCCUCAUCCCUCCUGGAUACUUGGUUUGGGUGACUGUGGAGUAAGAGCAAGUGCAUCAAGAUCAUUGGCUCACAUUUCUUUCUGUGUCUACUUCUGGACGUACCAAAUUACUCAGUUACUCUAGAGAGGAAUUUAUUUUCAGAGCUCUAGCAAGGCUGCAGGGGAAAGUGUGCUUCCAGUUAUAGUCUGCCACCUCGCUCUUUUGUGCUUUUUAAACAAGACUGGAUGUAUUCAGUACUAAUUGAAGUUUAUUUUCAUAGUUUUAUGGAAGAGUUUCUUUUUUACUAGAGCAUAUAGUACUACAUAUUAGCUUAGUUAAAGAAAGGAAUUAAAAAAUUAAAUGAUAAUGAAAAUAAAUAUAAACUGUUUUUUUCUGGACCUUGAAAUAGUCUGAAUUUUGAUAAUCAUAAAAAUAAUUGUUCUAAAUAAUACAAUUUUCACUUGUUUGUAGUUCAUGUAAAUCUAAAGUCUGUAGCCAAAUCACUGUAUUGAGAUUGUAAGCUUGUCUCAGAUGUUAAAGAGCAUAAGUACCCAGGGGAUGUUCCGUUGUUCCUACUUGAUUAAAGGUACUUAAGUUUUAUUGUUCUCAACAUCUGAUCUUGAGAAAACCUUGGAUUUAUAAAAUAUGAAUUGUAGUAAGUCUUUUUUAACAUGCUUACAAAAACAAACUAUGUUUUGUUAAUGCCUAGAAUCAGUGUGAAGUGUGCUCUAGAGUAACUCAUUACAUGUUUAUUUUAAUGUCAGCUCGUCACUGUUUCCAUGUAUGUUAUUUGUAUGUUAAAAAGGCAACUGUUCUUUUUUUAUUUUUAAAUUUCACAAAUGUGUUGAAGCUUCAAUACUUGUAAAUUACAUCCAAAUGUGUAAGUGUGUGUAUAUAUAGUAAACAGGUGUGAUGGCUAUUAUGGUCUUUUCAACUA